UGGCCGUCCCUGGCUUGUGUCUGUUUGCACCGCAGCGGAGGAGAUGCUCGGGGAGUCCGGGCGGAGUGAGCUGGAGGACGGCUAAGAGAGAGAGAGAGAGGGGGGCGCCGCGUGGAGCCGGCGCCGGGGCGGCUGGGCCCGCGGCCAGACCAUGAGCUACCCCAGGCCCUGGGGGGAAUGGUUCCUGAACCUGCGGGUGCCCCCCGCCGGGGUGUUCGGCGUGGCCUUCCUGGCCCGGGUGGCCCUGGUGUUCUACGGUGUCUUCCAGGACCGGACCCUGCUCGUGAGGUACACCGACGUGGACUACCAUGUGUUCACGGACGCCGCGCGCUUCGUCACGGAAGGGCGCUCCCCGUACCUGCGGGCGACGUACCGCUACACCCCGCUGCUGAGCUGGCUGCUCACCCCCAACGUCUACCUCGGCGGCCUCUUCGGCAAGUUCCUCUUCAUCAGCUGCGACCUCCUCACCGCCUUGCUCGCCUACCGCCUGCUGCUGCUCAGGGGGCUGGGGCGCCGCCAGGCCUGUGGCUACUGCGUCUUCUGGCUGCUGAACCCCUUACCCAUGGCGGUGUCGAGCCGGGGCAACGCCGACUCCAUCGUCGCCUCCCUGGUGCUGGCGGCCCUGUACCUGGUGGAGAGGCGGCUCAUCGCGUGUGCCGCGGUGUUCUACGGGUGCGCGGUGCACAUGAAGAUGUACCCGGUGACCUACAUCCUCCCCAUAGCCCUCCACCUGCGACCCGAGCGCGAGAGUGACGAGAGUCUCCGGCAGGCCCGCUACUCUUUCCAGGCCCGGCUGUACGACUUCCUCAGGAGGCUGUGUAGCUGGGCCGUGCUGCUCUUCGUGGCGGUGGCGGGGCUCACGUUCUUGGCCCUGAGCUUCGGCUUUUACUAUAAGUACGGCUGGGAGUUUGUGGAGCACACCUACCUGUACCACCUGACCAGAAGGGAUAUCCGCCACAACUUCUCGCCGUACUUCUAUAUGCUGUACUUGACUGCGGAGAGCAAGUGGAGUUUUACCCUGGGGAUUGCGGCGUUCCUGCCACAGUUCAUCUUGCUUUCGGCCGUGUCCUUUGCCUAUUACAGAGACCUUGUCUUCUGUUGUUUUCUCCAUACCUCCAUUUUCGUGACUUUCAACAAAGUGUGCACCUCUCAGUACUUCCUUUGGUACCUCUGCCUUCUGCCCCUGGUGAUGCCACUCGUGAGAAUGCCUUGGAAGAGGGCCGUAGUCCUCUUACUGCUGUGGUUUAUAGGGCAGGCCUUAUGGCUGGCUCCUGCCUAUGUUCUAGAGUUUCAAGGAAAGAACACCUUCCUGUUCAUUUGGUUAGCCGGCUUGUUCUUUCUUCUGAUCAACUGUUCCAUACUGAUUCAGAUUAUUUCCCACUACAAGGAGGAGCGCCUCAUAGAGAGACUCAAAUAUGACUAAUGUGUGUUCUGGAUCUUCUGCAACUUCGAUCGCAUCCUGAUGAUUGUGUAUGGACGAGAAAGGCUUUGCAAGUUUUUUCUCCCUGAACAUUCUAAGCACUCCAGUGAAAGUUCCUUGGUUCCAAUAGAAAUUAAAACCAGUAUUGGCCUUCUAUGUAAAGGGGACCCGAUAAUCAAAGUCCAUCCUUUAGAAAGUCUUAGGACUCAUUUGUUUGAUGAAAAGUAAAGGUUUCUUGUUUGACCGUUGAAAAGCCGAUGAACCUAGAAGACAGGAGAGAAACAGACAAAAGGUUCCCAGCAGUGUGUGUUCCUGUUACAGUGUGCCGCUGCUGUACCUUCAGCCCACCUUUUCGUUCUACAGUUCCCAAAGUACAGCAUUUUUACAUAUAGAGUAUGAACACUACCAUGCUUAAUUGGGAAAGUGUUAAAUUUUUGUAUUAAAUGUCGGGGCUUAGAGAUAAACAAUCCAAAGAAUUUAAAUUGUGAUUAUGGAUUUGUUUUGUAAUUCAGUUUUUCAGUGUUAGUACCAUUGGUAUUCAUCUUACACAAAAAGAUUAAAUUUAAACUCAUCCAUCUUUAGAGCCGAGUUUUUAAAAAAGAAAUUGAAUACUUACGAUAUUUAUAUACUUAUCCUUUUCCUAAUUGCUAAAAAGAUUUUCAUUUAGGGUUUAAGCUGAGUAUUGUCUGUUUUAAAAGUAGUAGAAUUUAGGUGAUAAAACCUACAAGUUUUGGUAAAAUUCCAUUUGCUCUAGUCUGGUUUUUAUCACCUAAAUUGUUAUAUUGUUCAUAAGGCGUCUCCCACUUUAAAUCCUACACUCUGAAAAUUCCGUGACGGGAGGGAAGGCAGACUCCUGGAAAGCGUAAGAGCAUCCUUAGGACUCACUGGUCUAGAUGAAGAGGCUGCAAGGGACGUGAGAAAUUGCAGAAAUGAGGCUUUGGUGGGCAAGUCUUUUUACUUAACACUGUAACAUUUCUUGGGGAGGGGGCUGCUUUCUCACCUGUAUGAAUAAGCAUCCUGGGAUGUUUUUAGAAAAGAUAGAGCCCAUCUAAGUUGAGGGCUUCCUAACAGUCAGUCAAUAGAUGAGUAUGGUUUUAUGAACAUGAUUUAAAAAAACUAGUAAAUUGUUUUUUUCAGAGUUAAAAAUAACAACAGCCACAAAUUCCCAAAAACAAAUAUUGCUCCAGAAAAGUAGGGGUUUUUGUUUUUGUUUUUUAUUUUGUUUGUUUUUUAAUGUUAAGGCAAGCCUAAAAAACCUUUGAGGAUAAAGUAUUUAUAGGCUGGUCAUAAUUAAAAAUUGUGUUACUGGCAGCGUUUCUUUGCUGGGUUCCUUUUGGGAUUUGGUUUUAGAAAGAAUAGGUAGCUUUUCUGUGGCUGCCUGUGUGUAAGAAAAGCAGUCAGUUGUAGAAAACAAUGUCCUUUCCUAAAACCUUAAGUCCCCUAUUCCUCCUGAGCUCAUAACUCAAGAGCCCAUUGUUUAAGACAGUUUGGUGGCAUUCCAAGUAUGGUACAUGACCCUUUAAAAAUUAUUAUGGGCAUUAAAACCAGGGCCUCAGCAUUCUAGGCAAAUACUCUGCUACUGAGCUAUGUAUCCAAGUGAAUUUUUGAAGUGAAAAUUUGAGGAAGGAAAGUAUACUUCGGGUGUUUGUAUAGGCCUGACUUCUUUUGUUGUUAGACGAUCUUAGUCCAGGCUGGCCUCAGACUUAUUUUAUAGUCCAAGAUAACCUCAGCCUCCUGAUCCUCAUGCCUCUACCUCCCAAGGGCUGGGAUCACAGUCCUGUGCCACUGUGCCUGGCUCAGAAAUUCUUUAUCAAAGAAAUGCAGGUGUUUCUUAAGAGAUGCAGUGUACUUGCUGCAAAACAUUUAUUUUUUUAUUACUUGUUUCAUGUGUAUGGGUGUUUUACAUGUAUGUCUGUGUGUCAUGUGCCCAAAGUACCCAGAAGAGGGCACUGAAUUUCCUAGAACUAGAGUUACAGAUGGUGUUGAGCCACCAUGUGGGUGCUAGGAAUCAAACCAGAUUCCUCUGGAAGAGCAGCCAGUGCUCUUAACCACUGAGCCAACUCUCCAGCUCCCUGUUGCAGAUCAUUUAAUAAGUUAAUUGGAGAAAUGACUUGAUUUGGUCUCAUGGAUUUUACCUUUUGUUUUUGUCUUUCGAGACAGGGUUUCUCUUUAUAGUUUUGGUUCCUUUCCUGGAACUCGCUCUGUAGACCAGGCUGGCCUUGAACUCACAAGAGAUCCGCCUGGCUCUGCCUCCCGAGUGCCGGGAUUAAAGGUGUGCGCCCCUGCCGCCCGGCCUGGAUUAUACUUUUGCUUUGCAGCUUUUUAAAUUUUUAUUUGGGGACCAGGCACAGGUGUCAUGGCCUGUGUAUGGAGGACAGAUGCACCUGUGACGUCAGAGGGAAACUUGUGGCAGUUAGCUUUCCUCUUUCCACUGUGCUGGCCCUGGGGAUCAAACUUGGGUUGUCAGCCUCGGCAGCAGCUGGGCCGUCGGAUCGCUUUGGCUUCUUUUCAGUGCUGAUCCCUGUUGUUUCCUUAUUAGUCCUUGAGUAAUUCCUUAAACUUGUGUAUCUCUGGCUUGUUUUCUGCAUAAUUCUCUUGUUCCUAUACUACCUGCGUUAUCUUUCUGUCACUGUAGCAAAGGCCUCGUGUAAAUCAACUUGUAGAGAGAAAGGCUUGUUUGGGGCCGUGGAUUUAGAAGUUUCAGUUGGAGAUUGGUUGGCCCUGUUGCUUCAGGCCUGUGAUGAGGUAGCAUAUUGUGGCAGGGAGAACGUGCUAAGACAAAUUAUUCACCUCACUGGGGGUGCAGAAGAUAAGAAGAGACGGGUUUUUAGUUCCCUUUGAGGGCUCCCCAAUGCCUUAAAGUCUCCCUUUGGGCAUGACCUAGUUUCCACAGCUUCCCAAUAGUGCCACAGGUAAGGGAGCAAGCUUUUGCUACACGGGCCUUUGUGAGGAGAGUUCAGAUCCAUGCUACAGCAUUACUGUGUAAAACUGAUAAACUGAUUUACAGACAAGCAUUAGUUAUUCGAUUAAGAAGAAUGUUCUCCAGAUAGUGUUCUAAACAGAGCGCUGUGUAUUUUCUUCUGUAACUGCUUUUUUUGACGUCUCCAAAAUGUCCUUAAAGGCCUCCAGUUAAAUUCCCUGGAUUAGGUUCAUUAUUGUCUUUGUUUUGCUGUUGUUGCUGUAAGACAUAGGGUCUCCUGUAACCCAGGCUGGCCUCAGACUUGCUGUAUAAAGAGGCUAGCCUCGAACUCCUUAGCCUCUUGAAUCUACCUCCCAAGUACUGGGAUUACCAGGUGUGCUGGUUGUUUGGAUUAGUUUCUUUGGAAAAGCUGUGAUAAUCAUCCACUACUGCCAACUCAGCAAAAGAACUCUUAAAACCGUGGAUCGCAGUUACUGACUUCUCACCGUCCGGGUUUUAUAAGUAAUAUAAUAAUGUUUGAUAAGUUGUGUAAAACUUGUCCUUUAGUUAAUUUAUGGCUGAAUAUAUUGUUUUGUUUUUAACAUCACUGUUAUAUUACCAACUCUCUUGCCAUCUGUGCUGUGAGUUACGAGUAGAAAAGAAAAAUAUAAAAAAUUCUACUUGUGGUGGUCUUUAAA